AUGGCAGCUCAUCAUGUUCAAUUUCAAGAAGAAACCCGAAACUAUCAAAAAAACACUACAACAUCCAUAAAAAAUCUUGAAGUCCAAAUGGGUCAAAUCACUCAACAAUUAGCCUCGAGUUCUCAAGCACAAGGUGCUCUACCUAGUGCAACUGUGACAAAUCCUAGAGAGCAUAAUAACGUGAGCGUUGUGGCAACAAGAAGUGGUAAAUCGGAUGAAGUAGUCGAGGAGGAGGAUGAAGAGGAAGAUCAAUUGAUCGAAGUGAAUCUUGAGAUCAAAGAAAAUGAAGUUGUGAGGGAAGAAGUGGUAGCACCGAAAUCAGUAGUGAAAGAAACAGUCAUUGCACUUAAGCCAGUUGUUAAGCUUCCCUUUCCCACCAGAAACAAGAAAAAGGAACAACAUGAGAAAAACUUUGAAAAGUUCCUAGAGUUGUUCAAGAAGCCUAAGAUUAACAUUCCGCUAUUGGAGGCACUUGAACAAAUGCCUACUUAUGCUAAAUUCAUGAAAUACAUCAUUUUUCAGAGACGUACCGCCGACACCAACCCGAUUAUUCUAACUGAAACUUGUAGUGCUAUUUUGCAGGGUAUGAAGAUUCCGAUAAAGAAGAAAGAUCGAGGAGUUGUCAGUAUCCCUUGUACUAUUGGAGAUAAGUCAUUCAACAAAGCUCUUAUUGAUCUAGGAGCUAGUGUGAGUCUCAUGCCGUUACCCAUUUACAAGAAGCUUGGUAUAGGGGUUGUGCAAGAUACCAAGAUGACACUCCAAUUCACCGAUCAUUCGGUCAAGAAACCGUAUGGUAUUGUUGAAGAUGUUCUGGUGAAAAUUGACAAGUUUGUAUUUCUGGUGGAUUUUGUAAUUCUAGAAAUUCCGGAAGAUGAAGAGAUCACUCUCAUCCUUGGGAGACCCUUUUUAUAA